AUGAAGGCCCGAACUUCUGUCCGCUACAGCCAGUACAGCAUGCAGGCUCCCUCGGUCGCCACGACGGACAGCGCCCACGCCGAAAUCAGCAACAUUGGAACCGGCCUGGAGCGCAUGGAAAACAAGGCCCUCACCAAGCAGCGCGUCGAACUCUCCGAGGCCAAAACAGCCCAUAUGAGCAAACUGGCACUUGGUGCCAAGUUGGAGCGCGCCCUCGACCGUCGCAUGACCAGCCAAGACGCCGUUAUGCGGCCACGAAAAGCCAGUGUGUUGAACGAGAAGACUGCCGUACAGGCAUAA